AUGGGCAAGCAGAAGCAAGUGCGCAAGUUUGGCGCGGUGAAGCGCCUGCUGAACCCCAACGAUACGCGACUGAAAUCCAAUCAGGAAAAGGCUGUCGCCGACGCCAAAAAGGCCGACGAAAAGAAGAAGCAUGUCGAGCUCGCCGCCUCAUCCAUGUUCUUCCAGCACAACUCGGCGCUGGGGCCGCCUUACCGUGUUCUCGUGGAUACCAACUUUAUCAACUUUAGCUUGCAGAACAAGAUCGAGCUGAUUCAGGGCAUGAUGGACUGCCUCUAUGCGAAAACGAUUCCCUGCAUCACCACCUGUGUCAUCUCGGAGCUGGAAAAGCUCGGCCCCAAGUACCGCAUCGCACUGCGUGUCGCUCGUGACCCCCGCUUCGAGCGUCUCGAGUGCAGCCACAAAGGAACGUAUGCAGACGACUGCAUCAUCGAGCGGAUAAAGAGCCACAAGUGCUACAUCGUCGCGACGUGCGAUCGCGAGCUGCGCCGCCGUGUGCGCCAGGUGCCUGGUAUCCCUCUGAUGUACAUCGCACGUCGGCAGUUCCGCAUCGAGCGCCUUCCCGACCAGGGCGCUCCGUCGUAA